AUGACUAGCCGUCGCUCUCAAGAGAAAUCCUAUGCAGAGGCGGCUGCCGCACCGCCACCAAAAGAAUCUGCCAGUUCUGACGUUACCCCUGCAGUUCCUGCAGAUGUUAUCUACAAGCUGCUAGGAUUCACAGCCGCCAUGGUUGUUGGUCCUAUCGGCAUGUACUUUGUCACAGUAAACUCCGGCGGUAUGUCUUUCUUCCAUCAGACCAGUAAUUUCUCUUUAUUCGAGACGCUGACUCGGAUAGCGAGUCCAACUGUGGCCGGUAUCACCGCCGCAAUCACUGCGAAUCUGGUCUUAUUCGGUUAUAUCUACGUGGCGUGGCUAGAUGAUAGAGAAGAGAGGGAAGCAGCAUCAAAGAGGAAUGAGAAAAAGGCCCAGUGA